ACGAGAGAGUGGGGGUGUGGGCGUUCGUGUUAUUUCAGUCGGGUUACAGUUAAUUUUUUCUUGUUCUUAUUUGUUUUUGUUGGUAUAUUUAUUCAUUCAUUGGUGCCAAGAGACCGAGUCGACAUGAAGUUUGCAACGUGUUUGGUGCUGCUGGCGAUCACGGCAGUGCACGGCCAGAACUGGUCAUGGGGUUCCGAUGACCCGGCUCCUGCCCCAGCCGCCCCUGCCGCCAAAGAUGCCCCUGCCGAUGAGACUUCAAGGACACCGAGGGUGACUGGGCCUCUUCAGGGGACUUCGGAGGGCAGUUCGAAAGCCCUUGAUACCGGGGAUGAAGAACUUCACCCGAGGUUCUUCAACCUGUGUGCUAUCGGAAUUGGGUUAAAUUGUCCACCCAAACCGCCAAAAGUUCCACAUGGAAGCCAGUACCAGCGGCCUUUCCAGUCCUCAUUCACGCCCUCACACGGCAGCCACCAGCCCAACCACUACCGCCCACCACCCUCAAAGCCUCACUACACUGCUCCACCUCCAACACCUGCCCAUUAUUACACUCCGACCCCCACCCCCCAUUACACCCCGACCCCUGUGGUGCAGCAUAUUCACUCCCACACCCACAUCCACCACAGCGAGGGCGCCAGCGUGGGCGUAGGCGUCGGUGCCCCGCCCCAACCGCCACAUCACAGACCUACCCAGCGCCCUUGGUACGGAGAAGAGUGCCAGUGCGUCCAUCCCUCCUUCUGCGCCUCCCUCGACGUCGUUCCGAGGAGCAACGACCCACAGCACGUGGAGCCUUCGUUCCUCAUCGACCCCCGCUCGCGCCUGCCCUCCUCGGGGAUCCUCUCCAACAGCACUGAUGCCGAGGACGAGGAGCACAGGAUCGUCUACCCGACCACCGAAGAGGAGGAAAAGGAGUCGAGGACCAAGAGGGAGCUUCUGGAAGGUUCUGUCAACGGCACAGGCAUCCCGGAGUGCGGUCGCCGUCACUCCGCGGGCUCCUCGGACGCAUCAAAACCCGAUUCUGGAGAACGGCGACACGGAAUUCGGCGGAAUACCGUGGAAGCGGCCAUCCUGAAGGACGAGAACGGCCACAGCGUUUGUACGUGUGCCCCCCGCGCGCGACGCUCAUCGGAGCUCGCCAUGUACUCACCGCCGCUCACUGCGCAGUAG